GGAGGGUGUUCGAGCAGUUGGUAGCUCAUUGGCAGAAGGACGAAACUGCAGAGACGUCUUCUAGGAACUCUAAGAACCGGAAGAGCGAUCGUGGCGGGAAAGGUAUGUAUGUGCACAACCUCGGGGCUUGCUCUAUGUCUACUAAGGAAGAUGAACUUAUCGAAGCAAAUGACGGUAAUCCCGUUGAUCGACUCCAACUCAUUAAGGUGGCUCACACUAACAAGAAGACGGGUCAAAUUCAGGACCUCUUGAUCAAAGAUGUCGUUGAUUUGGUGGAAACUGAAAUAGCAUCUCAAUCUCAGCCUCUCUCUGAUGACGGCGAUUCAGUGGGAGCUUCAACCAACUUGUCCCGAUUGCAAAUCAAUGAGAUGGUUGAAAAGGCUGUUCCUAAAAGGAAAGGAGGCUUUUUAGUUGGAUUGGCCCGCCGUGCUUCUUCGUAUCCGGCAUCUUCUUCGCAGGCUCCGUAUGCCGAUCCCAUGAUUCUCGAUGAGCUACAUGACAAAGGUGAACGGAUUGUGGCAUUGGAGGAGCAGAACGCCACUAUCCAAGCUGAGAAUGCCACUAUCCUUGCUGAGAAUGCCACUUAA